ACAUGAACUUUUGGAUUCGGCGCGGCGCAUGGCGACUGUGAGAGCUGCUCGAGAUCAGCAUAUUCUCUCACGACUACACAAUCAUACUGACCGACUCGAAACAUUCACACCCGAUCUGCGCAACCUGAAGAUACCACCGCUUGUCGCAUAAACCACCACAACGACCUCGAGUCCCACCAACCCCUCCCCAGCGACUCAUCUCGACUCCGACCACCAAAAGCUAGUCGCAAACCACCAUUACAUCCCAAACUCUGGUCGCAUAUCCCAAGAGCACAUACGACUAAACGGACACUUGCAAAUCAUCAAACACAAUGUCAAGAGGAGGCGGCUGGGGCGGUGGCGGAGGAAAGAAUGACCUAGGCAAAAUGGGCGGACAAGCUCUACCCUGGGAAUACGACCCCGAGCUCGAAGGAAAACUAAACACCAAGCCGAGCGAAAAGUUCCCUCCAAUUCAACCUCCCAUAGCAGAUCCACCCACCAACACCGAAAAACACCUAGUCCACCAUUACCGCACCCUUCGCGCCCGUAUUCAUGAUGGCCCCUUUUACGCAAUCCUAGACUCCAGCGCUCGUGUGCAUAAGUCGGGCAAAAAGUCUCCUGCGACCGCUCACUACGAUCCCUUUGAAUCCAUGCCCACCUAUUCUCAAAGAUAUACAAAGAAGAAAAACACUUUGCCGAGAUUAGGGGGUCGGCCCUUUCAAAAGAGCUUUUUCCCCGAAGAACUGUGGGCGAUCAUUGAGCCGGGGGUUGCUGGGAAGAAGGUGCAGGGAGGUGGGCAGCAGAAGAAGGUGUUGAGUUUGAGUACGAGGACGAGGCUGGAUAGGUUUGAGACGGAGAUUGAUGACGAGGAUGAUAAUGAUGAUUAUAAUGCGGAGCAGUACUUUGAUGGUGGAGAUGAUGAUGAUAUGGCGGGAGAUGAUGGGGGUGGUGAUGAUGAUUAUUAGUCGUCCUUGCUUGGUUCUGCCUCUUGCUCUACUCGUAUACAACAAGGCUGCUUCUCUAUCAAACAUCCUUCAA